GUUUCAAUUGCAAAAUGAAGUACGAAUAUCUGUGGCUUACGGUGCUAGGGUGGCUGCUGUGCGUUGGCAUGGUGAGCGCCAAGCCAGAUAUGUGCAGAGAGCAGCAUUCGAAGUCCGGCAUGGAACAGGAUGGCGCUGCCUGCAUGGCCUAUAUGCCCAGCUGGACCUACGAUUCGUCCAAGAAUGAAUGCAUUGAGUUCGUCUUUGGUGGCUGCGGCGGCAAUGAAAACCAAUUCGGCAGCAAAAGUGAAUGCGAAAAGGCCUGCAAGGACUAAGUUGACUCAUCCCAUUGAGACAUCUCAAACCGGUUACAAGUGCUGCCAGAAAUUCGGUGAAAACCAACAGAUAAACCAACAAAA